GCAAGCAUAAUAAUGUUUGAUUAACUAGCUGCCGUCUUUUGCGGCGCAAUAUGACUGUAUUAUUGUGAUGAUGAGGAGGAGGAGGAGGAAACUGAUGUAAGGACGUUUACUUUUUCACCCGACGAUGAAGGCGACUUUCAGAGGAGAUUCCGACAAGUGGUCGUUCCACGAUGUUGUGCAACCAAGGAUCGGAUCGCCAAGGUCGCCUCCCAUCGCACCCGACCCGUAUGGUGAGCCCAUGGGAAGGGGGACCCAUGGUACCCUUUCAGACCGUGCCCAGCCGAGCCCCAUGGUGCAGACCCGGCCACCAGGCGCUCGGCUUCGAGCCCCGCCUCCAGGCCCAGCUCCAGAGGGGGGCCCCGGUGACCCACGUCUGGGCAAGGGGCCCUAUCUGGUUUCCGAACCAUCCGCGUCGGAGACUUUGAUGCCUUCGCCUCCCGUCGGCUGUCGGGAGUCGUCGGCCGCCUUAAUCCUGACCGUGACACUUUUACGGCGGGGGACAGUCCAACCUGGAAGAAAACAAAGGUUACAGUAGCCGAACCUGCGGCGGAUCGCGUUUCACCCCGACGACGGCAAGCCCGGACUGGACUGAUUGAGCUGGUCAACUUCCAAACAUAUGACGUCACGAUGCAAGGCACGAACGCCCCAGCCGAACUUUUGGAACGCCAGAAAAGCUGCUGUCCCUUUAAGAGACGCGAGGCCGCUCCACUAAUUAAGAACCGAG